AAUUAAUUUUGGUGUAGUGAAUUUACAGCCAAAAGCGUUAAAUCAAACACUAUUUCGUACCGUACCAGAAAACAAUAAGAAGUCAGUUAAGAUCAGCAAAUGGCUACCUUCAAGUUGGGCGAAGUGAAAGCCGACCUCUUUCAUGUGCCGCACACAUAUUCCUUGGCACACGCGGUCUCCGCGGAUUUCGAAACCCAGAAAGGUACUUUGGCUUGGCAGUUUACAGUGAUUUUCGGACAAGUGGAUGAUCUCAGAAAGCAGCAUAUGAACGCUGGGAAUGUUGCCGUGCUCGAGCAUAACUCACGUUUCGUUUACUUUUUGGUGACGAAAGACAGUUUAUAUGGAAAAUCGACUUAUGACACAGUGGAAUCGGCUUUGAUCUGCUUGCGACAACAUAUGCGAAACCAUGGCGUCUCUAAAGUUGCAAUGCCACGCAUUUGCUGCGGCAAUGAUAAGUUAAACUGGUCGCGAGUUAAGGAAAUUAUUUACAAGGUCUUCGCCAAUGAGUUCAAUGUCGAAAUUUUGAUUUGCGAACAUCGCACCAAAGUGUCCAUUGUUCCAUUGUGCAAAAUAUUUGAAGUCCGAGGAAACCUCUUUAACGCGCCACCGGGCUACUCUCUGGUGCAUUCCGUGAGUGCGGAUUUUGCUAUGUGCAAAGGCGUUGGCCUUCAGAUCAAAUGCAAGUUUGGACAGGUCAAUGAGUUGGUGAAGCAAAACAAGCACACUGGCAAUGUCGCAGUAUUAAAAGAUAAUGAUCGUUACAUAUACAACUUAAUAACAAAGGAACGCAAUCAUGAGAAUUGUACAUAUCCAGCCUUGUACUAUGCACUAAUUGCAAUGCGAGAACAUAUGCUACAACAUAAUGUAACCAAAUUGGCUAUACCACGACUUGGUUGUGGUAUUGAUCGUUUGAGUUGGCUGCAAGUACGUAGAAUGCUGGAAUUUGUAUUUGCUGACGAUAGUGUGGAGGUGCAGGUUUACUUCUUUGAGCCUACUCCCACACGUAGGACACCUAUACGAACGCUUCAUUGAAACACCUGGAAUAUGUUAGAACGUUGACAAAACUUAUAGAUCUGGGAAUCUGUUUACUUUUUUUAUUCACUUAAAUAUUAAUUUAUUGAAUUAAGACUUAGAGACGGUCAUGGGCCAUUAAAUGCACUGCAACACGCACUGAUGUUUGUCUAGCUUAGAAAGCACUUAUUUACACUUUCUACUAAACAAAUAAAAACAAAUACAAAUAUCA